AUGAUUGUGUUGGCGAUGUAUCUGAAUACACUUCUUUUCGUGGCACUUCACUACAAAGCUUUACAAAUUCGGCGCCGUGCAGCUACUACAGUAGCAACAGCAUACGGCGCGCCAACGGCACCAGCAGAGCCGCAGAAAGUCGAAGAAAAGAAGUCUGACAAACGGAUGAGAGCCUUCAUAAAGUACGAAGAGGCGAAAACGCAAACACAAGAGCAGGUGCGCCAAUGUAACCCACCAUAA